CCAAUCGUCAAAAAGCACCAGAAGAAGAAAAGGAAAAAGAAAACGAAGAAGAAGAGGCGGCGUUCCGGCUGGAGGAGGUUCCUCUGUUGUGGCAGAGCUCCAGAAGCCAGCAGAACCUUCCGCUGGCUGCUGGUCCAUUUCUGGAGCGGCUGUCCUGGUUUGAGUGAUGAAGAACGGUGGUUUCAGCACAAGACGCAGGGAAAUGGCGGCCGUUCCCGAUAAAGUCGAUAUGUCCUUAGAUGACAUAAUUCGCCUAAAUAAAAAGGAGAAACAGUUGAUAAGAAGACAAGCUAAUGUGAACCGCAGACCGUUCAAGCAGAAAGGCCGUUUGAGUCAAACCAGGAGCGGAGCAGCAGGACAGAGAGGAGGUGGCGCACCUCGAGGAGGAGCGACUGUGCUAAGAAACAGGACGGUUCCUCCUCUGGUGGGUCGGCGGCGGGGUCAGGGGGUCAUCACCGGACUGGCGGCCAGGAGGCCCGCCGUCCUGCUGAAACGAGCCGGAGUACUGAACAGAUCAGCAGCCAGCCAGAAAGCGCGUCCGCGGAUGAGGCCCUUCAUUCAGCGCUCAGAGGCCCAGUACAGGAGGCCGGAGGUGCCGAGGCGGCCGUACCGGCAGCCCGAUCCACAGAGAGGCCAGAACGCGGCAGCGUUGUUGUUGUCGUCUAGGAGACCGUUCCAGCUGCGGCGACGACCUCUGCCGCCGGUCCAGCAGACGCAGAGAGAGGCUCGCCAGGCCACCUUCCUUUUCCGCAGAGGGCUCAAGGUUCAAGCCCAAGUACAGAAGACAAACCUUCACACUCCUCCAGUCAGAACGCGACAGUGGCACACGUCUACAGCCGGCAGUGGAAUUCUGACUGUUUCUAUUGACAACCCGACAGCCAGAACUCAACCAGAGCCCCCUAGUGCCUGGACGCUGCAACCGCCGCCCGUCAGCUCGGCUCCGGUUAAGGUGGAGACGGAGGAGAAGAAGGUCCCUAAAGGAGUCCCUCUGCAGUUUGACAUCAACAGCGUUGGGAAGCCAGUAAGAAGACGUUCGGAUGUCUUCCUUCAGCAAACAUCGAUGACUCUGAACGAACGUUUCCGCAUCCUCAAAGAUCGGCGCGUCGCCACGGCGCAGAGCGGCCGGGGCAGCAGGUUUGUUACCGUGGGUUAGCCUGACGUGAAGGAAGAGAUGACGCCCCAAAGACCCUCCGUCCUGCUCCGACACCGCCCCAACAACGGGACGUGUGCCGAGUUGUUGUGAUGACACUGAGAGGGAAGCCUGGAUGGGACAAAUAAGCAGGAUUCACAUGGCUGCUCUGUGUUACCGGAACAGUUGGAAAAAGCUUCCAUUUUCUCCUCAAUGUCGGUGUAUUCAACUUUUUGUGUUGUGACAACUCAGUGCAGGGGAAUAUUUUAAACUUUUUUUUUUUUAAUCCCCGUUAUGACUCAGAACUGUUAACACUACAAACACUUUUUAAAAAGCAUUUUGUUUUCAGAGAAGACGACGAUGUAUUUGCUAGGAUGGUGUGUGGGGAAAGAACGUUUUUCUGCCAGUUUUGUAAAGUUCUUUAAAUAAAAGAUUGUCUAAAUACUGAUCUUGAUACAGCA